AUGAAUACGUACAACAUCGCAACUCUCUCUCUCUCUUCUCAGAACUUUCAGAAUCUCACUGGUGUACCGAACAAGUAUAAUAUGUACAUGAUGGAAUCCUCUGGAAAUAGCUCAUCUUCAAACCACAAAAACUUCAUUUCUCAGCCCACCUGCAGCAAAAGCACACUGGACCAGCAAUACAAUCAUCAAGAAAUUCCUAAACAGACAUUAUUUGAGAAACCAUUGAGUCCAAGUGAUGUGGGCAAGCUCAACCGUCUUGUUAUACCAAAACAACAUGCCGAAAAGUACUUUUCCCUAAACGGCUACACAGAAAAAGGGCUGCUCCUAAGCUUUGAGGAUGAGUCGGGAAAAUAUUGGACGUUUCGAUAUUCUUAUUGGAACAGUAGCCAAAGCUAUGUCUUGACAAAAGGUUGGAGCCAUUUCGUUAAGGAAAAGAGGCUUGAUGCAGGAGAUAUUGUUAUUUUCGAGCGCCAUCAAGUGGAAGGUGGCCGGCUUUUCAUUGGGUGGAGACGGAGAAACAUUGGCGGUUGCGCGGUCCAAGAAUCUUAUGUUGCUCAGCCGGCUGCGGUGGCUUCUGGUGGCAGUGAUGAGUGGAAACAACUUUUGAAUUCUGGUUACCCUUAUCCCGUGCAUUCUCAAGGGUCUUCUCUCCCAUAUCAAUCCGAUUGUUUUCAUGCAGGAUCAGUUUUACAGAGCCAAAGUACACCAAAUAGGAACUCCAAGAGGCUGAGAUUGUUUGGGGUGAAUGUGGAGUGCCAUGCAGAUGAGUCCAGCCAGCCACCCACGCCUGAUGAUUUGCCCAUGUCGAGCGAGUGUCAAGCCAACAUACAUUAUUUUUAG